CGUGCCGCGGAGAGUAAUAUAUAAAAACCGGCACUAGAUGCCCCUCCUCUGCCUCAUCGCAUUCCAUUUCGAUUCGUCGUCUUUAGGGUUUCUUCCGCUUGCUCAAGAUCCCAUCUCCCUCGCGAGAGAUGGCGUGGGGGUCGAGGGAUGCGGCGGCGUUCAAGUGCUUGAUCCUGCUCGUCCUCCUGUACGGGACCUUAUCCUACGUCGCCUACUGGAUCAUCCACAUGAAGCACGUCAGCCCGCUAGGGGUCGACGCCCCGCUGGAUCGGUUUUCGGAGGCGAGGGUCGUCGAGCACAUCCGGCGACUGUCGGUCGAUAUUGACGGGCGACAGGAAGGGCGGCCCGGAUUGGAGGCGGCGGCGAAGUAUAUAAGGAAGGAGUUGGAGGCGGUGGCGGCCCGAGCCGGAGCUGAUUACAGAAUAGAGAUUGAUGAGUCACUUGUAAAUGGUACUUUCAAUAUGUUAUUUUUGCGCCAUAGCAUCUCACUUGGCUACAGGAAUCAUAAAAAUAUAGCUAUGAGGAUCUCGUCAAAAUUUUCAAAUGACCAUGAUCCAUCUGUUUUAAUAAAUGGACAUUUUGAUAGUCCCCUUGGCUCACCUGGUGCAGGUGACUGUGGUUCUUGUGUUGCCUCAAUGCUCGAGUUGGCACGAGUUAUUAUUGAUUCUAAUUGGAUUCCACCUCGACCUAUUAUCUUUCUUUUCAAUGGUGCAGAAGAACUAUUCCUUCUGGGUUCUCAUGGCUUUGUCAAGACACACAAGUGGAGCAGUACAGUUGGGGCUUUUGUGAAUAUUGAAGCAUCUGGAACUGGUGGUUUUGAUUUGGUUUGUCAAUCGGGACCUGGAUCCUGGCCUUCCUAUAUCUAUGCCCAAUCGGCAAAAUAUCCAAUGGCAACCAGUGUAGCACAGGAUAUGUUUGGUAUUAUUCCUGGAGAUACAGACUACAGAAUUUUUGCCGAGGAUUAUGGGAACAUUCCAGGACUUGAUAUUAUCUUUGUUUUGGGGGGUUACUUUUAUCAUACCUCUUAUGACACUGUGGAAAGACUAUUACCUGGAAGCAUCCAAGCACGUGGUGAGAAUUUGUUCAGAUUGACUCAGGCAUUUGCAAAUUCGUCUGAUGUGUUGAAUGCUAAUGAACGAUCUCUAAAAGUUGCAUCACUAGAAAGCACGGAAGGUCGUGCUGUUUUCUUCGACUAUCUUUCUUUAUUUAUGGUAUAUUACUCAAGAAAGUUGUCCAUCAUUCUUCACAGUAUGCCUGUUGUUAUCUUGCUUCUUGGGGCAUUUUUUCUGCACUUCCCAAAUACUUCAGUUAAUAUCUGGUUUACAACCUUAUUUGAUUUUAUAAAAGGAAUGUUGUUUCAUGCUCUUAGUCUUGUGUUUGCAAUUGUUGUCCCAGUCAUGUUUGCUGUUUUAAGAUUAUUUUUCUCAACCCAGGCGAUGAAUUGGUUUGCUCAUCCAAUUUUGGCAUUCUUGAUGUUUGUGCCUAGUUCCCUUGUUGGUUUAUUGCUUCCAAGAACUACCUGGGGAAACUUUGGGCUUUCACAAAAAGCUUCACAUUUCAAACUGUCAAUAGAGAUCAUAUCAGAUGAAGUGUGCUUUUGGGGAGCCUUCGCGUUAUAUAUUUCAAUGACAAUGACUUAUCUUCUGGCUCAGCUUGGAGGUGGUUUCUUAACAUAUUUGAUAUCAUUAUCUAUGCUUAUUUCUUGGUUCUCCUAUCGAAUAGCAAGCAAGCAUUGUGGCCUUCAAUCAGUCAAGUCAUUAGCAGGCUAUUUGAUUCCCAUGAUCCCUAGUCUUUUAUACUCGGUUUAUUAUGGUGGGUUUCUUGUCCAGUUUCUGAUUGAAAAGAUGGGUAUGAUGGGAUCACUUCCACGACCUUUCGGAUAUUUUGUGCAGGAUGCUGUAGUUGCAGCUGUAAUUGGACUGGUGACUGGUUGGUGUGUUGGCCCACUUUUACCAGUUGUUGGUCAUUGGUUGGGGAGGUCAUCUGUUUUGCAGUGCUUGGUACAAGUUACUAUCCUUGCUUUGGCUCUUUCAUCCCAGUUUUUUCCAUACAGUGUUGAUGCACCAAAGAGGGUUGUGCUUCAGCACACAUUUGCUACUGUAGGUUCUGACAAGAUUGUGUCUUCAAGCUACGAUUUUGCUGUUGUGGAUGCCAAUUCCUUUUCUUUCCUCUUUAAGAAUGCUCCUGAAGCUUCAAAAUUUCUGGGCAUCAGUUCAGGGUUGUCUGAAGAGAACUAUAAUUCUGAUGGUGGCACUUGGGUGGCGCUAUUCCCUGUUUCUUUCUUGUUCUCUGAAAGUUUGAAAUUCCCCACCGAAGGUUCUAAAAUAUUAAGUCACUAUGCAAUUUUGCCACAUGUGUCUGUUCGUGAUUCUGUUUUGAUUUCUGAGACUGGUCAUCGUAGGCUUCAUUUGGAACUUCAUCUAGGCUCGGUAGGCGAGAUUUGGGUGACUGUCCUCAACAUUACAGGUCCAUUGUCAAAUUGGUCUUUUGCAGAUUACAGGCUUCCAGCUCCUGAGAGUUUUAAUGGUGGUCCCCCAUCAUAUAUAUGCAGACUUAGUGGAAGUAGCAAGGAUAACUGGACUUUCUGGCUAGAGGCCAACAAUUCCGAGUCAUUGAGGAUGGAUGUCGCAGUGCUUGAUCAGUAUCUUGUUGAUGACACUCAAAGAUUGAAGAGCUCCUUCCCGAGUUGGGCAGACUUAACCGCAUUUACAACCUUUUUCUCAAGCUAUUACUUGUAGGUACCCGAAUCCAACUUUAGUGACCAAAAAGCGUAACCUUUGUUGCAAAGUCCACAUGUACAUUAGCUACUUUAAAGGAAAAUGAUAUAGCUUCUUUUUCUCUCA